AAAAACUGUAGACUGGAGAAGAACAACGCUCCAAAAUCACACACUACUAUCUUCUCUCUCUCUCCUCCUUUCUCUCUCCUCUCCUUCUUUUUCUCUCCUCUAUCCAUGGAAAUGAAACGAGAUCCACCACUACCAACCUCAAUCUCUACUCCCGACAUUAAUGGCAAUCCUACCAAACCUUCACCUUCUUCCAAUGGCGGCAACAAUGUCAACACUUCCGCGAAUUCCUCGCUAUUUUCUCCAUCUCCAAACCCGAACCCGUUCAGAGGCCCGCACCAUCGUCGCGCACAUUCCGAGGUCAGUUUUCGCUUCUCCGACGACAUGGAUCUUUCCUCGGAUCCAUUCACCGGAUCAUCCACUGAAGAGAUCGGAUCCGAGGAUGACCUCUUUACUACCUACAUUGAUGUUGAUAAACUCGGCGCUUCUGGAUCCGCCGCUUCUCAACCUUCCGAUGACUUUAAUGUCGCUAUUGGACUUUCUGUUGAUGGAGAUCACCGAAUUCCGACGAAUAAUAAUUCUUCCGACGCUAGACCUAGACAUCGGUAUAGUAAUUCUGUUGAUGCUGCUACGUCUUCUGCUAGUGGUGCGUUUGGUGAGAUCAUGGAUGCUAAGAAAGCUAUGCCUCCUGAUAAACUUGCUGAGCUUUGGACUAUUGAUCCUAAACGUGCUAAAAGGAUUUUAGCAAACCGGCAGUCUGCUGCACGCUCGAAAGAGAGAAAAGCUCGGUAUAUAUUGGAGUUGGAGCGAAAAGUUCAGACUCUCCAAACUGAAGCAACCACUCUUUCUGCACAGCUCACUCUGUAUCAGAGAGACACAACUGGUCUAUCAAGUGAAAACACAGAACUCAAGCUUCGAUUACAGGCCAUGGAACAACAAGCUCAGUUGCGAGAUGCCCUGAAUGAAGCAUUAAAGCAUGAAGUGGAGAGACUUAGAAUGGCGACAGGCGAGAUGAUGGAGCCUUCAGAAUCAUUCAACUUAGGGAUGCCUAGCAUGCAAUACAAUCCCUCUGUAUUUUACUCAGUACCUCAACAACAACAACAACAACAACAGAAUAUGCAAUUGCCAUCAUAUCACCAAUCUCAAGGAAAUAUGCACCAUAUGAACAACAUACAUUCACACAAUAUGAAUUCCCAAAAUCCAUUAGAAUUCAUGCCAAAUGAUCCCUUAGGAAGAUUACAGGGGCUCGAUAUUAGCAGCAGAGGAUCGCCCGUCGUGAAAUCUGAAGGUGCUUCCAUGUCUGCCAGUGAAAGUAGCUCAACAUUUUGACGUGCGCUCAACUUGCUGACUAAGCUGACUUCUUCAGAAAAAAAAAAAAAGUGUGUGUUUGGUAGAUUGUCUAUAGACUGACAUCAUUCAAUUAGAUAAGGUUAAAGGUACUACUACUCCUACUAUCUAUUUGUUCCAUUUUUUAUUCAAAUUGUUAUCCUUUUUCUCUGGGAUCACAUCUAUUUAUUCUGGUCUCAAGGAUGAUCCCCAAAGAGGGGAUUUCUCAUUUGUGUAGGUUAUUUAUUGGGUUGUUUCAUCUUCAUCUCGAAUUUUUUUUUUUGGUUAUGUUGUGGGAUCAAUGUUGUAAACUUGUAGCAUGUGUGACUGAAAGGGUCAUUCCUCAUGCUAGGAAAGGUUUUGUGUAAUUUUUUUGGUUUACCUCUUGUAACUUUUUUUGUACUUUAAACUUGUACUUAUCAUUAUUCUUAAUCUACUUUUUACUGUA